CUUGACUUUAGUGGUAAACACCAAACAGGAAUCAUGAAGAUAGCGUGCAUUAUAACGUGUUUAUUUGUUGUGUCGUCUGCGGAGAACAUAGUUGAGCUUGCUACAAAGCUCGGUGCUAACACACUCGUUAAAUUGGUAACUGAAGCGGGACUUGGUGACACUCUAGCAACCGGAGGGACGUGAGGCCCAUUCACUGUAUUCGGACCAACCGAUGAAGCAUUCGAAAAAUUACCAAAGGCUGUCCUGGCUCGCCUUCAGAAGGACAAAAAGCUUCUGGCUGAUGUUCUGGAAUACCACGUGGUGUCUGGAGCCGUAUAUUCUACACAAUUAACCAAUGAGAUGGUAGCGCCUAGUUUGUUAAAGGACAAUGGGAAAUCAGUUGACAUUAGGUUCAACAUCUACAAACAAGGAAGUCUCAUUACAGCCGACGGAAGUCCAGUUGUAUUAGCAAACCAGAAUGCUUCUAACGGUGUUAUCCACGUUGUAAAUAGAGUUUUAUUCCCUAUUCCACUGAAAAAUAUCCCAGGCCAGGUUACCAUGGAGCGUGGACGAUUCUCAACUUUGUUAACUGCCGUGGAGAAAGCAAACCUUACAUCCACCCUAGCCGGAGGUCCAUUUACCCUUUUUGCACCAACAAAUGCAGCAUUUUCCAAAGUUCCAGCCGAUGUUUUGAACAAACUCCUGGCCAAUAUUACAGCAUUGACAGAUGUACUAACAUACCACGUGGUUAAAGGCACAGUCUGGAGCGCUAGUCUUACCAAUGGUGAGAUGGCCACAACAGUCGAAGGAAAAACUAUUACCAUAAAUAUUGGAUCAGGUGGUGUGAUGAUCAACAACGCAAAAGUAGAAGAAGCCGACAUGGCCGUUACAAAUGGUGUCAUACAUGUGAUUGACAGCGUUCUUCUACCUCCAUCAUUUGAUAUAUUUAGCAUUUAUUAAAUGACAUGCAAUGUCAAAAAUUUGUAGAUACAUUUGUAUGUUUAUAGUUGUUAUAAUAAAAGCUAUUUAAAUGUU